GAAGAAAUGGAAGGCCAAACACCACAUGCUGUCUGCAUUCCAGCUCCAGGUCAAGGCCACAUAUCCGCCAUGCUCAAGCUAGCUAAGCUUCUUCACCACAGAGGCUUUCGCAUUACCUAUGUUCUCACUCAACUCAACUACACCCACAUCAUGCAAGCCAGAGACUUCGUCCCUCUGAAUCAAACGCCCACCUUCCGCUUCGAAACCAUCGCCGACGGCCUUCCGGCACGGGAAAACCGCUACAGCGCUAUAGAUUACACCGAGCUCUGCUUUGCGACUGCCAAGAAUUGCUACGCUCCGUUCAGGGAACUGGUUGAUAGGCUGAACCUAGCACCGGAUGUUCCUCCGGUUUCUUGUAUAGUUUCCGAUGCUUUUAUGUCGUUCACUGUUAGAGCCGCCGAGGAGCUUGGUAUUCCGGUGGCAUUGUUUUGGCCGCUUAGUGGCGUCGCUACUAUUCUGCACCUACAUUCUCCUCAUCUCCGUGACAAGGUACCAAAAGUGGCCCUCGAGACCGACCAUACUAUUGAUUGGAUCCCGGGAAUCAAAAGUAUUGCUUUGGGUGAUAUCCCAGCGACAGCAUGGUCGCCUGAUCCAAAUGACCCUUUCAUUGACUACAUAAUUUCUGAAACUUCAAGAAGCUACAAAGCUUCUGCGAUCAUCUUUCACACAUUUGAUGAGCUAGAACCCGAGGUGUGCAACGCAUUGUGCUCCAUGUUCGAUCGAGCCUACACGAUCGGACCCAUUCCAUUGCUUCUCAAGGGGUUUCCAGAAAGCGAAAUCAACAAGAUUGAAUGUCACAUGUGGAGAAAAGAUCCCAGUUGUAUACAGUGGCUGGAUUCUAAGCCUCCAAAAUCAGUAGUUUAUGUGAAUUUUGGUUCCAUGGCAGUUACCAGCCCCGAAAAGAUGGUGGAACUCGCAAUGGGACUGUGUAAAAGCAUGCAAAAUUUCCUUUGGAUCAUCCGCUCAGAACUCCUUUCCAGCGAUUGGUUUGCCACUCUCCCUCCCGAAUUUACGAAUGCGGUCAAGAGCAGAGGGUAUGUAGCCGGUUGGUGCGAUCAAGAACGGGUGUUGAAUCACCCGUCCAUCGGAGGGUUCUUAACCCAUUGUGGGUGGAAUUCGAUACUAGAAAGUAUGAGUGCCGGGGUGGCAAUGAUUUGUUGGUCCUGUUUUGGCGAUCAGCCGCUAAAUCGGUUGUGUUGUUGCUCUGGGUGGGGACUUGGUGUGGAGAUAGAUAGUGAUAUUAAUAGAGAGAAUGUUGGGAGUGUGGUGAGGGAGCUAAUGGAAGGAGAAAAGGGUAGAGAGGUGAAGAAGAAGGCAACGUUUUGGAAAGAGAGAGCUGAAGCGGCCACUAGUGUUGGAGGCUCAUCAUUUUCCAAUUUGGAUAAGUUGAUAAGGGAAGUAUUAUUGUGUGAUGGGCAAUGCUACUAUCCUAAGCAUGUUUAAAAAUGCAAUAUUUAUUUUUGAAAUGAAGUGUGAUGG